AUGAACGAAGCACAAUCCAAUGCCAGUGCUUGGCCCGAUCCACCAUUCCUUUACAAACGAUACACAGCAGACAAUCUCGACAAACUUCACAGUGCCAAAAAAACGGGUGCUUUUCCUGAUACGCCUAUUACCCAACCCCUGUACCCUGAUUUCUCCCUCAAAGCACUUGAGCCUCCACCGCCACCUUCCGAAUCAUAUACCAUCUUUGAUCAACGAUGGCAAGUACACGAAAGUCUACAGUCGUUGAGUGAUAUGGGUGUGCGACAACUUUUCCCUGAAGGAAAUAUCGAUCCUAUCCGAGAACUCAAGAAACUUAAUCGGAAUCUGAUGGCCCAAUAUCUACAGCUUUUACAAACGCUCGUUGAAAACCCUCAAGAGUAUGGGCAAAGGAUAGAAAAUAUCAGCACUAUCUUCAUCAAUAUGCAUCAUAUCCUUAAUGAAUACAGGCCACAUCAAGCAAGGGAGACUUUACGGCUAUUGAUGGAGAAUCAGAUUACGAAAAAGAAGGAAAUGGCAGCUGCAUUGAGAGACAAAAGCCAGAAGAUGCUACGCGAUUUACAAGCAUACGGGGAAGAUACGACGAAGCAGUUGCUCACAACUGAUGAAUCCCAAAACCAUCCACAACCAUCAGAAGCAAUUGACGCAUCAAAUUAUAACGAAGAUACAACAAUGCAGGAGCAUGAGAAUACCCAGAUAGACAUGAAUCGACACCGUCAAAACAUGCUCUCUAUGAUCGAUGAUAUUCAAUGA